AUGACGUCUGUGCCUAGGUUCUCGAGCACUGUAAAGGAGUUGCGAAUUCUUUUUUCACCUGUUAAUGCAUCAAGCGCAGGAGUAAGAGAGUUCAUUGGCAAGAGCUAUGUGGGUUUGAGGAACAGCAACCCUGGUGUCAAGUUCAUGCUGCGCGAAGGCAACUCAAUUAGCCCUCGUAUCUACGCCAGAUACGGCUUCGGCAAGGAGUCAUUUGUUUCGGUAGACAACGCCUCUCCCACUGAAAUAAUGGACAAGAUCUGCAAACUUGCGAAGGCUUAA